AUGGAGUACAGCAGCGAGCCGUCGUUGCCAUCCAGCAGACAGUACCACCCGACGCAAACCCCACCGCGACAGCAGCAAUCGCCCUCGGUGAGCGCGACAUGGUUUGAACGCGCCGUCUGCGCCGACAACGACGUCGUGCUCGAAAUGUACGAUGCCCUCAAAGGGCUAGAGACGGCAAUGGCAGCGACGGAAAGAAAAAGAACGCAAGAGUUGAACGAGAUGAAGGAGCACGUGCGCCGCCUCGAGAGAGAAAACGAGGUUAUGAAUUUGGAGCGAGAAUCGGACAGCGUUGCGCUGGAGGAGCUGACGAAAAAGAAUGAGGAGAGUACCAUGAAGAUCGAAGAGCUUAGAAGGGAGAAAGAAGCGAGGAAGGUGGAGCUAAAAGAACUCGAAAGAGAGAGCAAGGCCAACAAAACAGCCCUUGAGAAGGCCAGUCGAGCUAGCGCAGAGGAGAUCAGCAGACUUCGGAAAGCGAACGAGACGCUCAGAGAGGAAAACGACGAGAGAAAACGCGAAUUCGGCAUGCUGAAAAAACGGACGGAAGAGGAGCUCAAGAAGAUGAAUUCGACGCUUACGCGCCUUCUAGCGAGCACACGAAUCGCCGAUGAGGAUGGAGUAAGCCUGGACUCGGAGUACAGCAUGCGGAAAUCACACAAAGCUACGCAGCCCGAGACAUCUAACGAAGAACGAGCGGUGCAUCCUCCUCCCAGCACUGAAGACAGCAGCGCAGAAUUCAUGGCCAGGAUCAGAUGCAACAGUGCGGCAAGCAUGACCAUAGAUGCACGAACGAAUGCCUUCAUCGACUUCCUUCUCCAAGAGUUCGAAUACAGAAGCGGAAGCAGCGUGUCACAUAGUUCCGAGGCCAAGCAAAAGUUUAGGAACUACGCGAUGCGGACCGAACCAAGCCUGCUGAAGGGCAGUAAGCAGACAGUGAGGCGUGUCGAGCUCGCUUUUUGGGACGGUCGAGACCUGCGUUGGUCGUUGAGCGGGAUGGCGCUAGACAGAUACACGCAGCGCCGGGAGAAUUUCUGGAAGGGCAUUUGA